AUGGAGCAGCUAAUGCAUGAUCCAAGUCAAGUUCACUAUGGAGUAGCUAAGCGAAUCCUCAGAUACUCGCAAGGAAUAAAAUUCUACAGAAUAUGGUACAAAGUUAUAAGUAACUCAAAACUUGUUGGCUACAUAGAUAGUGACUGGAUAGGAUCCAUAGACGACAUGAAAAGCACGUCAGGAUAUGCCUUCACACUUGGAUCAGGAAUAUUUUAUUGGGCAUCAAAGAAGCAAGCAACUGUUGCACAAUCAUCAGCAGAAGCAAAGUACAUUGCAGCAGCAAUGACUACAAGCCAAGCUAUAUGGCUCAAAAGAAUACUUGAAGACAUGAGAGAAUUACAAGAAGAAGCUACAAAGAUCUAUUACGAUAGCAAAUCAGCUAUAGCAAUGGCACAAAAUCCAGUAUUUCACAGUAGAACUAAGCAUGCAUAUUAG